AUGAGCUUUUCUUGCACUCGCGUUGCAGUUUUAUUCUUCCUAUUGGUGUCUUUAACGUACCAAAUGCCAUGUAAUUCACAUUGGUCGACCGAAGGCGGAGUCAAAGCAAUUUGCAAGGAGAUCGGAAAUCCUGCAAAGUUCAAAUGUGACCUAGUCAAUUGUUCACCCAAGGUUAGUCAGGUUUCCUGCCCGGACGGCAAGACGCAUAAGUGCGACGGGGCACCCACUGCCCACGAGUACAUCUCUAACCAACUGGUCUGCCGAAAUAAUAUUAACCAGUUUUUUAAAGGGUGUUCCCUGACCGUCACACCAGACUGUGACCCUGCCCACUGUGUACGUAUGUGA